CUAAACUCACUGUUGUUUCCCAAACAGCAAUCCUGCCUUCCUGUGCCACUUGCACCUUCUCCUUUUUAUACCUUUGAAAGUUCACUUUGUUGCUGCUUGUUUUUCCUCACCAGUUCUGUCUGUUUCUGCUAGUGUGUCCAGGCAUUAAUGCCCACCUCUGGCUGUUACUAUUUUUCUGCAGAGGGAGAACCGAAGACUACAGGAGGCCAGCAUGAGGUUGGAACAAGAGAAUGAUGACCUCGCCCAUGAACUAGUAACCAGCAAAAUUGCUCUACGGAAUGACCUGGAUCAGGCAGAAGACAAGGCAGAUGUGUUGAAUAAGGAGCUCCUUUUGACCAAACAGAGGCUGGUGGAGACUGAAGAAGAGAAGAGAAAGCAAGAGGAAGAGACUGCCCAGCUAAAAGAAGUCUUCAGAAAACAGCUUGAGAAAGCAGAGUAUGAAAUAAAGAAGACUACAGCUAUCAUUGCUGAGUAUAAACAGAUCUGUUCCCAGUUAAGUACCAGGCUGGAGAAACAGCAAGCAGCCAGCAAGGAGGAGCUGGAAGCAGUAAAGGGUAAAAUGAUGGCAUGCAAACACUGCAGUGACAUUUUCAGCAAGGAGGGUGCUGUGAAACUAGCAACUGUAAGCAGAGAGGACCAGGGAAUUGAAACGGACGAUGAGAAGGACUCGCUCAAGAAGCAGCUGAGGGAGAUGGAGCUGGAACUGGCACAAACCAAACUGCAGUUGGUGGAAGCCAAGUGUAAAAUCCAGGAACUUGAACAUCAGAGAGGAGCCCUUAUGAAUGAAAUCCAAGCUGCAAAAAACUCUUGGUUUAGCAAAACCCUGAACUCUAUUAAAACAGCCACAGGCACCCAGCCCCUGCAGCCACCACAGGCCGCCCAGCCACCCAAGGAGAGCACAUAGUUCCAGCCUCAUCCAAGUACCAAGAGCACAAUGAUCAAAGCAGCGGAAACCCAGGAGGAUUCUUCCUGGUGUCCCUUUGAAGGAAAGUCAAGGAGGCCAGAAAGCAAGCCAGAAUCUUCAGUAGCUCUCACUCUUUCUUGUAUGACACUUUUCAAAGGGAUGUUGUUUAAACUGGCCAGUUUUAUGUUGAAUACCUAUUUUCCGGCUUCUUCAUGGAAGGCCGUGUUCAGAUCCAUCCUAGUAUUACACAUUAUUUUAAAUGCCUGAUGUUUAGCUGGAAAUAAGUAAUUCAAAACUAAAUGCUUUUUAUUUAGAACUAAUUAUUCAUAAUUAUUUUAUCUUACAUAAAAAUGGAGACAUCUAUUAUUCCAAGAUUGAAGUGAUGGGAAGAUGUUUGUCACAGAAAAAAAAAAAUUAAAAUGUAAACCUCUUAAUUUUUCAGGAUUUGUUUAGUGGGGCCAGUGUGGGGCCAGUCACGACCACUGUCGGGUUUCCACCCGAAAAUGGUUCCCAAGGUAGCUGUGAUCCUGUCUGCAGAACGGACCAGGCAUUGAACAGCACCUAAAGAUAACUGGUUUGUUUUCAUUUUUUGUUGGGCACAUCUGGGAAUGAAGUGCCCAGAACUGUGGAGCAGAUGGGCUAUCAGGAAUACACACCAAGUAAGUGGGACUGAGGCUUUGAUAAUGCAGGAUAGAAUCAUCUGGGCUCUGACACCCUAACAGAUCCUUUUAAGAACGCCACAUGGGACUUGCAUGUUCCUAAGUAUGCCUAAUAUGAACACAGAUGUGACUUCUGGCAAGUGUAAAGUUAGAGGUGGAUAUUGCAACUUGCAGACUUAGGGAACCUUCCCCAGAGAAGCCUAGAAAGGUCCAGUUUCAGCCAUUGUGCUUGGCGUGAAUACAGAACCAGCGACAGAGUAUUCCAUUUAAUGUUGACAUGUACUUGCUAAGGAAGCACUAAUAUACUGUCACUUUGUUAAAGGCCAUACUAUUGAAAUGGGAAAUAGAGGUCAGCUUCACAUAAUCUUAGUUUAACGUUGGGCAACUUUUCUUGAUUUCUGUAGCUCCCUAAAAAUGUGGCAUUGGUACCUGUAGAUAAAAAGAUAUAAAUGCAUUUGUAACAUUUUGAUUGAAUAUAAAACCUUUAUAGAAAUGCUUGUCUCACAGAAAGGUAAAAAGCUAUUGUUUAAAAAUUGGUGGAUGGCCGGGCGCGGUGGCUCACGCCUGUAAUCCUAGCCCUCUGGGAGGCCGA